AGAGAGAGAGAGAAAAUCGCCGGCAGGGAGGUCGCGCGUAGCUCGGGAUCGAUCAUCAAUUUCACACCGCGCGCUACCAGUAGAACUGAGAUCGGUAGCCUGCCUACUGUGUACAGUCGAUGUGUGCUUUUGUAUCGCUCGCGUAUGCGGCUCCGAUCAACCGAUCAGGUGUGUAUAGGUAUAUGGUUGGUGGUGUGCGAGAGUCGAAGAGGACAACGGGGAUUCGCCGUUAGCGCUGAUCCAGCCGAGCUGCUGCUCCUAUAUAGCCGGAGCUCUGCUCACGGCGAUUGGUCCUUCUACUCGGCGCGUCACUUCGAACUUUUCAGAGUCGAGAGCUCUGUCUUGUCCCGAUUGUUGUCGAGCACGUUUUUCUUUUGCCAAAUUUACAGCUUGCACUAGCUGGAGAUUAUCUUCUGUCAAUCCUGGUGUAUUGCUCGCCAAAUUUUCCGUAAGAGACUUUUAACGGGACAAUGAGGCGAAUCGUUACUUUGAUGAUCGUAGGAAUCGUCAUUGUCGGUUCCUGUGAUGGCGCAAACUUACGUCGUGUCUUUCGAUCGAAACGAGCUGAAUCCGAUUUUAUCCUACGUAGCUGUACAGCAAGUGCUCAGCUAAUAAGAAAAAAUAGAAACGAAGGUUCACAGUUGCCUGUAGAAAAUUCAAAUUUACCUAAACUGGCUUCUGAAUCUUUCGUUUUAGAUGGUUCUAAGAACAGGAAUGUCAACUUUAAUAAGCGUUUCAGACUACGUACUAGAUCAAAGGGCAGACACUUGACUGAUAAAAAUGUAACAGAUACACCACUUGGAACUGUAGAUGUUAAAACUAUACAAAAGGAAACUCCAAAGUUAUUUAAAAAAAGAGAUCCAUUACCGGAAUUAGAUAGACAUGGUAAUGCUAGAAAUUUAGAUACCGAUGCACCUAUAAUAUUAGUUCAACCUUUGAAGCAUUAAACAGAUGUAAAACAAGCAAACUGUAUUUGUUUUAUAUUUACAGUUUAUUUAAUGAAAAAAUGUAACAUCAAACAAAAUUAUGAAUCUAAGUUCUUACACAAAUCGCAAGUACUUUCAACUAGGAGGAGUGCUAACAGCUUCUGGUAACCUUUGGAUUUCAAUCUGAAAAUUAUAAAAAUAAGAUAUCUCCGUGUUAUUUAAAAAAAUGUUAUAAAUUUCUAGAGAUGACUUUUAUAUAAAUAGCUAAAUCAUAAAAUAAAUUCUACUGUUAAGAUAUUUAUAAUUCUUUUUUAAAAUAAAUAUUGUACAUAAAUUACCUUAGUAACUUUCAUUGCCACACCUUCUGGUAAAUUCCUCUGAAUAUAUUCUAAAAAUGUAUCAGCAGUUGAUCCUGUCAGUUUCAAAAACUCUAAAAAUCUAUAGUAGGUUCUAAUUUCAUAUUGAACCCUGUGUUUUUUGUGUACAUGUUUUGAUUUAAGCAGUGUCCAUCGUUGAUGUACAGCUUUAUAAGGAGCAUAACUAAAACAUAAAUUGUCACAUUUCAUAUCUUACAGUUACAGCUUUUAUGCUGCGUUAUUCAAAACUUCUACUCACUUCCCAUUAACUGUGAUACCCAAAUGAUUAGCAGCAGUUGUUGUGAAAAUCCCAUAACUUUUUAAGACAGCUGGAUCAUUUCCUCGUACUUCAACUUCAAUCUUUUUAUAUAAUUUAUCAGGCUUGGCCUUCAAUAAUGCAAAUUGAAAUUUAUUUUUUUUUAAAUCUAUUAUUCUUUAAUACUUGAAAAAUUAAUUGUAGACUUACUGAUUCUGUAGACGGAACACUGCUCGAGAAAGGACUACAAAGCAUUGUUUGCAAGCCAUUUUCUUGAAUAUUUUGAAAAGCUGAUCUUCGAAGGCCACUAACAAACUGUGAACAUGAUUUUUUCUCUCAAUAUAUACGUUAAAUAUAUAAAAAUGCAUCUUAGUAAGUAUAUAUCAAAUCCUAACCUCAAUGGUUGAAACUAACAUUUAUGCAACUUACCCUCGAUAAAAACAUUUUGUUAAUGGCUUAAACUAUACUUCAUAGAUAACUGAUGACAUUUACAGAAAAUUUACGAGGUAUACUGUUGUAAAAUGUUUUAUUUAUUUAUUUCAAUCAAAUCCUUCACAUGUUACGUACUCGGUGUAGAACACAUUCUUCUUUAUCGACGGUAAAGGUACAGGAAUAACGCUGGUUACCAUUGUGGCUGCGAUCGAUCAAGUUGUGGUUUCAUGACUGAUGUAUAACUUAUUCGAUAAAACAAAACUAUAUUAAUCCUCAUAAUUUACAAACAAUAAAUUUAAAAUGCCUUUUGUUAUAAUUAUAAAGAAUUAAUGUUUCAAUUUGUUCUUAUUUUUGUAUAAUAUAUUUUAAUAUAGAAUUACAUAAACCAUUUUGAAAAAUACAUAGUAAUACAAUAUUUAUAUAUAGCUUUGCAAUGUAUCUUUAAAAUUACAGAAAAUUCACGAUGGCCAUACAAAUUAU